AGCCCAAGAGCCCAGAGCCACAAGGGAUUGAGACACCUUGGCCUCUUCUGCUUCGGGGAAACGGGUGGCUGUUGCGCCACUUCCAGAGAUUGCAGAGGAAGCAGAAUGUAAUGACAGUAAACAACUUGGGAAGUUUCUUGUUGCAAGGAGCUACUGUUGGGACUGUGCCUCCCAGCAUCCCCUACUUGGGCCAGGCAGUGUGCCGUCUUGGAAACAGAGGCUCCUGGGAGCUCCAGUCCACAGCCAUGUAGAGUAUGGGGAUGCUGGGAACAGCAGUCAGUGGAGCGAAGGGGGAUUCUGGGCUUUCUUAUCCAAAACCAGCUUCCAGUUCCUAAAACUUGGAAAUGAGGCUGCCAUGCUGACAGCGGCCGCUAGGGGCCGCUCGAAAUCCACUAUCUUUGCAGCGUUCUCAUUGGACGCCAAGAGGACGCCGCGUCCAAUGAAAGCGUUGCUACUACGCUGCGUUCCUUUUCCACGCCCCCAAGCUAGGCGAUUGGCUGUCUGUGGGGGCGGAGCCAAAUGAACAAAAGGGCGUCACUUGACGGAGACAGACAUGAACGCCAGCCAAUCCAAAGUGGCAGAGGUGUCCGUGGGCGUGGCUAGGCCCAGCCGUUUGAAUCCUGGUUUUUGGCGGCCCAAGAUGGCGGACGAAGGAGCGGCGAAGGCGGGCGGCGCCGAGGGAGAGGCGGAGGCGGUUCCAGCAGCGCCGCUGUCGGCUGCUCUUCCGGAGGGGACCCCGAGCCGGGAGCAGGUGCUGGACUUCAUCGUGGACUCCUUCCUGCGGACCCUCGAAACCGGCGGGUUCCAGGUGUUUGCCAAGUGCUACCGGCGCCUCUACAAAACCCAGCCCAGGCUGACCAAGUGCGUCUAUGACCAGUUCGCCUCCCAUCUGCAGAGCUCCAUCCGGGGAGAGAUCCAAGAGCUGAAGGCGGAAGGGAACCUCAAGGUGCUCUUUGAAUCCCUGGAUAAACUUGUGGAAGGAGCCAAGGAGAGGGAAACGCCGGCCUGGCGUCCCAGCGGAGUCCCGGAGGCCGACGUCCGCAGCGUGGUGGUGCCCUACCUCCUGAAGCAGCGCGAGUUCCUCCAAAAGGCCCUGAAAGAGAAGGAGGCGGGGAACGCCCGGCUGGCCGAAGCCGUUCUGGCCGGACGGAAGAAGAUUGCGGACCUUCAGGAGGAGAUCGAGAGGCGCAAGGCCGAGUGGCAGGCGGUUGUUGCAGACGGCCGGAGGACCAUCAGCACCCUUGAGGAGGUUCCCUGAGAGAGCUGGACUUCGCUGGCUUCCCAGGGAAGGAGCUUCACCUCCAAGAAGAAGCUGGCCAUCCAUCCUCUGGAAAACAAGUAACUUGCCUGCCUCUCUGACAUGCCAUUCCCCAAGGAACUCUUGUGUCUGUGCCAAAGCCUUGGACUCUCUGGACAUUGGCCUGACGUCCAGCCAGAUGCCCCCAGAAGCCCUGGGUCUCUUUGCUGCAGCGUCUGUGUCAGGAAGCCCAGCUCACUUCUCUUGUUCUCUGGACUUCAGUCAUUCCUGCCUUUCUCUUCCUUUUCCUCCUCUUUGCUUUUUGUAGAGUUGGAAAUGUUCAUCUCGCAAAGAGCAGGACCUUUCCCCCUCCGAGGCGGAGUGUGCCCAUGGGUGCCAACGUCUUGCCAGGCAAACGGAGAGGAAUGGAAAAGCUGCCAGUGGAGCAUUCUUGGGACUUUUGGGGUGCCUUGAGAGAGAGGUCUCAGUUGGUCCUGUUUGUCUUUUGUGUGAAGAAAGUGUUCCCAAAAUGCACACCUUCUUGGUUGUUGGUGUAUCAAUAAACAGGGCGUUGUGUUGAGUGGAAA